ACUGGUAGCAAAGACGUGGAGGAGACUUCAACAAAGUGAUGAAGAUGAACACCAAAUCCCUAAAACUCCUCAUCUCUCUAUUCAUUCUCAAUUCCAUUACCCUUUAUCUCUAUUUUUCGUCUCACCCUGAUUACUUCCGCCGUCCUUCAUCUUCAACCCCAAACCCUCACCAUUUCCGUUCCUCUUUUCCUCAUCACACAGCUCUGGUUUCUUUGCCUAAUUCCAAUAAACCAUGGCCUAUUUUGCCCUCUUACCUUCCAUGGUCUUUAACCCCUAACACCCCCUUUACAUCUUGUGAAGCCUAUUUUGGUAAUGGGUUCACUCGCUCUCUUCAUCUGCUCAAGCCCUCGCCGGAGAUUUAUCGGAAAUCUGGGAAAGGUGGAGGCGGAGGAGGAUGGUUUAGGUGUUUUUAUAGUCAGACAUUGCGGAGUUCCAUAUGUGAAGGCGGGAGGAUGCGGAUGCAUCCUGAUAAGAUUAAGAUGUCGAUUGGUGGAGAGGAAUUGGAGAGUGUGAUUGGGCGAGGUGAGGAGGAAGAGUUGCCGGAGUUUGAAUCUGGAGCUUUCGAUUUGGAAGUUGGUGAGAAAUCGAAGAGCGUCGGUAAGAAGCUUGCUGAUGAGGGUUUUUUGAAUGAGUUUUUACAGAAAGGACAGAUCUCUAGGCAUACUAUGCGAGAGUUGAUCGAGUCGAUUCAGUUAAUUGGCGCCAAUGAAUUCGAAUGCUCUCAGUGGAUUGAGGAGCCAACACUUUUGGUCACUCGCUUCGAGUAUGCAAACCUUUUUCACACAGUAACGGACUGGUACAGUGCCUAUGUCUCUUCCAGAGUUACUGGCUUGCCAAACCGACCUCAAGUGGUUUUUGUAGAUGGUCACUGCAUGACACCAUUGGAAGAAACAUGGAAAGCUGUGUUCUCGGGUCUAAGAUAUGCUAAAAAUUUCAGCGGUCCAGUUUGCUUUCGUCAUGCUAUCCUCUCGCCUUUAGGGUAUGAAACAGCCAUGUUCAAGGGUCUGUCUGAAGACAUCGAUUGUUACGGAUCACCUGCCCAUGAUUUGUGGCAGAACCCAGAUGAAAAGAAAACCGCCCGAAUAUCAGAAUUUGGGGAGAUGAUUAGAGCUGCAUUUGCACUUCCGUUACAGAGACACCACCAGAAUUCGAAAUCAGGGACACGAAAUCAUAACAUCCUCUUUGUCCGGCGUGAGGAUUAUCUGGCUCAUCCCCGCCAUGGUGGCAAGGUUCAAUCAAGGCUUAGCAACGAACAAGAAGUAUUUGAUGCGUUAAAGAGCUGGUCAUGGAAUCAUACAGACUGCAAAUUGAAUUUAAUCAACGGGCUUUUCGGGCAUAUGUCAAUGAAAGAGCAAGUGAGAGCCAUCCAAGAUGCAUCGGUUAUUGUUGGUGCUCAUGGGGCAGGACUGACUCAUAUAGUGUCGGCAACACCAGAAGCCGAAAUCUUGGAGAUCAUAUCGAAUGAGUUUAGGAGGCCUCAUUUUGCACUAAUUUCUCGGUGGAAAGGUCUCAAAUACCACCCAAUAUAUCUUGGUGGAUCUCAUGCCAACCCAACAAUGGUUAUUGAGAAACUGAGGGACAUUUUGAAGAGCUUAGGAUGUUGAUAGUGGCAUUUGAGUGGGAUUUUGGGGCAUAAAAUUGGUAAAGAAAAUCUUGGAGCAUAGAAUGGGGCAUGAUGAGGGGGGAGAAAUGACAAAUGGUUGGGUUCCCUUUUCUUUAUAUUUUCUUGGAGAUGAUUGAGAUUUGUUGGGGGUUGAGGGUGGGCAAAUUGGUAAUUAUGGUAUGGUGUGAAAGAUGGAAAGGGUAGGCAAAUUGGUAAUUUGAUUUGAUUUGAUUUGAAAGAUAGAUAUAGAUGACAGUGUAGUAUUUGUGAGAGAGAUUUGUAAACAUUACAUUACAUUACAUGGGUAGACUUAUUUUUCGGGAGAUGGGUGACCUCUGGUUUCGUACAGAAUGAUCUUAUGGUAAGUCACGACUGUCGGUUUCGUUUACAGAAGGUGAAUCUUCAGGUGGCUACAGCCUACAAGUGCAUCUGGGUUGAUUUUAUCAUCCUUUUGUCUUUAUUGACGAGCUUAGCUUUGUGGUUAUAUUUGUGAAAGAGGGCAUAAAAAUAAGAGCAAAGGGUGUUUUGUCAAAUUGAGAAUUUCAUUUUCUCUGGGUUUAGAUUAAAUUACACUUUUAGUCCCUGUGUUUGUUGAAAAUUGUUAUUUUCGCUUCUGUACUUUAGAAAUUAUGGUUUUCAUCCAUAUGAUUUACAUUUAUCGUUGUUUUCGUUC